CUAAUUUCACUCAGUAAAACUGCAGUGUUUCUGUUUCUAGAUAGUACUUUGCUUCUUUGUCUCUUUAAAAGGUCACAGUGAAAGCUUGGCCUGGAUCAUGCCGGCCAUAUGGAAUGGAUAAGGGCACAAUCUCUUAAAAUGUGAUUAUGAGGUUCUGUGGGCCGAGGGAGGCGAUCCAGCACGGAACUCAUUGAAAAGGCUCCCACGCUGCAAAAAAAUAGGUUCUUGAAACCGGAAUUUCGGGCUUUGCUUUUUCUUUUCAAAGGAAGUAAUCGCUGUGUCUGAGUUCACUGUUUAUUUCGUUGAUUAUCAUAUAUGGACUUGGUUUACGGACAGGGAAAUGGGGUUUUGAGAAAGUAGCCUGUUUUCAAUGAGCCAGCCAGACGUUGCAGUAAAAUGGGUUGUUUAAAUGUGUAACUUAAAAGAAACUCUUCAGCCUGGCAUCUGUUGAGACUGUAGUUAGUUUCCGUGCUGUCAGUCCAGCGGGCCCCGUGGAGGUUGCUCUUUGCAAUUCCAAACUCAGGUUUGGUGAACUUUAGCCUUGGGCGUAGAGUUUAAAUGAGUAAAUUGGGCGUUUUAUGUGCAUGUAAUUUUGCUUUAUAAUGUAGAGCUUUUUACAAGAUGACUGAGUUUGAUAGCUGCUUAUAGGUGGGUAUUCAUUCGAAGGACAAUUUUGCAUGACCUAUAUGACGUUUUGAUUGUCAAUACAUUAACUAAAUUAUCAUCUAACACUUUACUGUACAGUUUAUAACGCUGUUAAGCCUCAUGACUACUUAAUAUGUUUUGUAGCAUUAACUUUGAUGCUUUUAUCUACUCCCCCCUCUUUUUUUUUUUUUUUUGCUCUUAAAUUGCCCCACGGGUUAAGUAUUUUCUUUUCAAGUCAUAUGUUUUAAAAUUCAUCUUCCGCUUUAGGGUAAGGCAGCCAAUUUCAGGAGAAGCAGCUCUGUACUGUAACCCAUAUGAAGCAUUAUAAAGUGUGUUUUGAAUAAGUUAAUAGUCACCACUAAUUUUGCCUUUAGACUACAGUUUAAUAUUAGUGGAAAAGAGUAAUCUUGAUAAAAAGUGGUUAAAAGAGGCACAUUUAUUGUUAAUGAACCUCAUAACCAAAACCAGAUGGGACCUCGAUCAACGGUAGACCUUUGGUCCCAGUGUGCCACCCUGGAGUACAAGGAUAAAUAGCCAUUAUUUCUCUAACUUUAUAGUUCUUCAAUUGACAUUCUUAAGGUUGCUUUUAAACCUACAGAUUAUCAUUGCUCUCCCCUCCCCAUCACCUCUUUCCUUGAUUAUAAUGGACAGAGUAAUCUACAGUUAAACAGAGGGGGAAAAAAAAUGCUGACAGAAAGGCCAUGCUAAUAAUACAAGCUGGCUUUCAAAUCUGGAUCUGAGUAGCUUCUUCGUUAUAGUGUGUGUGUGUGUGUAUGUAUGUAUAUGUAUAUUUUUUUUAAGUGAAAGAUAUGUCGAAUUACCAGACAGCUGGAGAAAAGUGAUAAUUCUCAUAUUGUCUCCGGUUUUUCUAUAUAUGCUCCCCUCUCCCUUAGUGUCGGUGAACUCAGUACUUCAAGUACCAUGAAAGUUCAUAAAACAAUUCUACUCAUCUGUUCAUAUUAAUGCUAGUUAAAACUGUAUUUUAGAAGUGAGUUUGAUAAUGUACUACUUUAUUAUAAACAGUAUGAAAAUUGAUGUCCAAUGUAUGAUACAACUGAAAAUAAUUAUCUGUUAAUUUUUUCUGAAGUUAAUUGAGAUGUUGACUUCAUUGCAUGCUGAGAUUAUUUUUGAACACUGGCAAUUGUGUUUUACCGAAAUUAUCAAGAUUUUUUUCAAAGCGAGUUUAGCGCUUCAAUCUAAUGUGUAUAUUAUGCAAUAUUUUCAAAAUUUUUGCUAUUUAAAUUGUUAACAUCAUUUUAUUACUAAAGGACCCCUAAAUAUUAACCCUAAGACAUGUGAGUUGUAACACUUCAGUACCGGGGCUAUUUGAAGAAAUCCUCCACUUCUAUCCAUUUGCUUAGGGGUGGAAUGAUUCAAUCACAUGUUUGAGACAAGACUUGACUAAAUCUUUAAAACAGGUCAUGUAACUCUUGAUACUUUGACAGUAGAAAAGUUUUUCUACAAAUUAACUGUAAAGCCAAUAGAGAGUUUCAAAAGCAGACGUUUGCUACCUUCUUUUCAGAUGGUGUAUAUGUAUGUAGAUACAUUUUCUUCAUGAGAAACUGCAUAUAAAAAUAUAAGCAAAGACAUCAGAUCUAACUAAUAUUUUGGACUGUGAUAAUCUUUCCAUCUUUGAUUAAAGUGUUGUUAUUGUGUUCUGUAUUGUUUCUAAUUUUUAAAAAUUGGGACUACAUAAGUACAAUUUGUUAUUUUCUCUUUAGCUAUACUUGUAAAUUCUUGUUCUAAAAGUAAGCCCAUUCCCCCGCAGCCCCUCCCCAGUUAGUUUUGCUGGUGAUCUUUAGAGAGUAACUGAGUAUGGAUCAUUUGAACGAAGCAACUCAGGGGAAAGAACAUUCAGAAAUGUCUAACAAUGUGAGCGAUCCGAAGGGUCCACCAGCCAAGAUUGCCCGCCUGGAGCAGAACGGGAGCCCGCUGGGAAGAGGAAGGCUUGGGAGCACAGGUGCAAAAAUGCAGGGAGUGCCUUUAAAACACUCGGGUCAUCUGAUGAAAAGCAACCUUAGGAAAGGAACCAUGCUACCGGUUUUCUGCGUGGUGGAACAUUAUGAAAAUGCCAUUGAGUACGAUUGCAAGGAGGAGCAUGCAGAAUUUGUGUUGGUGAGGAAGGAUAUGCUUUUCAACCAGCUGAUUGAAAUGGCCUUGCUGUCUCUGGGUUAUUCGCAUAGCUCUGCUGCCCAGGCCAAAGGGCUAAUCCAGGUUGGAAAGUGGAAUCCAGUCCCACUGUCUUACGUGACUGAUGCCCCUGAUGCUACGGUAGCAGAUAUGCUUCAAGACGUGUAUCAUGUGGUCACAUUGAAAAUUCAGUUACACAGUUGCCCCAAACUAGAAGACCUGCCUCCGGAACAGUGGUCCCACACCACCGUCAGGAACGCGCUGAAGGACUUACUGAAGGAUAUGAAUCAGAGUUCCUUGGCCAAGGAGUGCCCCCUCUCACAGAGUAUGAUUUCUUCCAUUGUGAACAGCACUUACUAUGCAAAUGUCUCAGCAGCAAAAUGUCAAGAAUUUGGAAGGUGGUACAAACAUUUCAAGAAGACAAAAGAUAUGAUGGUGGAAAUGGAUACUCUCUCUGAACUAUCCCAGCAAGGUGCCAACCACGUCAACUUUGGCCAGCAGCCGGUCCCAGGGAACACCGCGGAGCAGCCCCCGUCCCCCGCGCAGCUCUCCCACAGCAGCCAGCCCUCUGUCCGGACCCCUCUUCCCAACCUGCACCCUGGGCUCGUGUCAACGCCCAUCAGUCCUCAGUUGGUCAACCAGCAGCUGGUGAUGGCUCAGCUGCUGAACCAGCAGUAUGCGGUGAACAGACUUCUAGCCCAGCAGUCCUUAAACCAACAGUACUUGAACCACCCUCCCCCUGUCAGUAGAUCUAUGAAUAAGCCUUUGGAGCAACAGGUUUCCACCAACACAGAGGUGUCUUCCGAAAUCUACCAGUGGGUACGUGACGAACUGAAACGGGCAGGAAUCUCCCAGGCAGUAUUUGCACGUGUGGCUUUUAACAGAACUCAGGGCUUGCUUUCAGAAAUCCUACGAAAGGAAGAGGACCCGAAGACUGCAUCCCAGUCUUUGCUGGUAAACCUUCGGGCUAUGCAGAAUUUCUUGCAGUUACCGGAAGCUGAGAGAGAUCGAAUUUACCAGGAUGAAAGGGAAAGGAGCUUGAAUGCAGCUUCAGCGAUGGGUCCUGCCCCCCUGAUAAGCACACCGCCCAGCCGCCCUCCCCAGGUGAAAACAGCUACCAUUGCCACUGAGAGGAAUGGGAAACCAGAGAACAAUACCAUGAACAUUAAUGCUUCCAUUUACGAUGAGAUUCAGCAGGAAAUGAAGCGCGCUAAAGUUUCCCAAGCUCUGUUUGCAAAGGUGGCAGCAACCAAAAGCCAGGGGUGGCUGUGUGAGCUAUUACGCUGGAAAGAAGAUCCUUCUCCAGAAAACAGGACCCUGUGGGAGAACCUCUCCAUGAUCCGAAGGUUCCUCAGUCUCCCUCAGCCUGAACGCGAUGCCAUUUAUGAACAGGAGAGCAACGCGGUGCAUCACCAUGGCGACCGGCCGCCCCACAUUAUCCACGUGCCCGCAGAGCAGAUUCAGAGCCCCUCUCCCAAGACCCCUGGGAAAGGAGAGUCUAGAGGCGUUUUCUUGCCAGGCCUGCCGACCCCUGCACCGUGGCGUGGUGCUGCUCCGCAGCAGCCGCAGGCGCAGCCGCAGCCGGCGCCGCCCCCCGCGCAGGCGCAGGUGCAGCAGCCUCCGGCCGGGCCCCGGCUACCCCCGCGGCAGCCCACCGUGGCCGCGCCCGCCGAGGCGGAGGACGAGAGCCGGCAGAAGGCGCGGCCGCGGACCAAGAUCUCGGUGGAGGCGCUGGGCAUCCUGCAGAGCUUCAUCCAGGACGUGGGCCUGUACCCGGACGAGGAGGCCAUCCAGACUCUGUCCGCUCAGCUGGACCUGCCCAAGUACACCAUCAUCAAGUUCUUUCAGAACCAGCGGUACUAUCUCAAACAUCACGGCAAGCUGAAGGACAACUCGGGCCUGGAGGUGGACGUGGCCGAGUACAAGGAAGAGGAGUUGCUUAAGGAUUUGGAGGAGAGUGUCCAAGACAAAAAUGCUAACACCCUUUUCUCGGUGAAACUAGAAGACGAGCUGGCGGUGGAAGGGAACACAGACAUUAACGCCGACGUCAAAGACUGAGAUGAAAGUCUUCUUUUCCUCCAUCAGCACCAGUGAAAUUGACUUAACGACACGGAAGGUCCACCCCUGUACUCGCUCAGCAAACCGUGUUGUCCAUUGUUUGGCCAAUGAAUCUUCAGAAACUUGCACAAACAGGAAAGUCGAGAAAGGAUGAUACAGACUGCACUAAGCGUUUUGCUCUCUUUUACAAACUGCUUGGCAGCCCCAGGUGAAGCAUCGGAUUGUUUGGUAUUAAAAAUGAAAAUUUGUGUUCACGAAACACACCCAGGUGUGUACCCCGUAAGCAUGAUACCAGUGAUUUUUUUUUUUUUUAAUUAUUAUUCUGGAGCCUCAAACAAGCAUUAUAACUUCUGUGAUUAUUAUUUCCUUCCUUUAAUUAUUUCUGUAACACUUCACACUGAUCUUUGGAAACUCGCCCCUUGUUUUAAAAAGAAAAAAGAAAAAAAGAGUUUGUUACUCUAUUGUAUGUUACAAAAGAACUAUAGACUGUGGAAUGCAGUUAAAAGAUGACAUAUGCCAACAAAUGCCUUGUAUUAUAUGGCACUGCCGUAAUUCAAAUUUGUUUUUAUUUUGGAAAUAAAAGUUCACUGUAAUUUUUUUUCAUUCUCAUUGUUACAUGAUUUUUUAAAAAAUGAAAAGAAAAUGUGAAACACAGUUUAGUCCUCAUUAUUUAUUUGUAGAUCCUGCAGCAUCAUGUUGUAAUUAAUUUUUUGGAAGUUUCCGUUAAAUGUAAAAUUGCUUCUCUUGUUACCAUGCUGAUUCUUUUCUAUUUAUAAAUGUAUUUUGAUGGGCAGUAAAACAAAGUGUCUUAAAAGUUUUAAAUAGAUAAAAUGUGCUUUACACAGUUGCCUAUAAAAAGUGCUCUAUGUUAUCCAAGCAAUUCAUACUAUAAGCUUCACUCUUAUUGUUGUAUGCAAUUUUUACUAUCCUGCAAAUAAGCUUAGGUAAAUAAAACUAAUAGAUCACCUUAGAAAAUUAUGCAAUUAAUGUGAAAAUAAUUGAUGUUUGCAAUGUGUCUUCCUUUGGUUUACAAUCAAUUUUAAAGCUACAUCUGUAUAAAAUUUCUGUAUAAAGGUGUUAUUUCUUUUUUAUGAGUUUAUGGCUAUGAAAACACCAGCUAUUUUGUUACAGCUGGCUGUUUUUAUAAGUGUAUCACAAUUUUCUUUAUGCAGAAAUGUUCUGAUUAGGAGUGGUUAUUGACUGUAACUACACAAUUAAAAUUGUUUGUAUGGUAUGA